GUGGAACUAUUUCCUGAAAUGACGGAAAAUCCAUCGGAUUACGCUAUUUACUUUCAUCUUAGGAAAGUAAUAUUUUUUGUUUUCUCGUCUUCCGCGCCAUGCAUUAAAGAAUUACGGUUAGCAGUUAAGAAAUUUCUUUGUUCGUGCCAUGAAAUCGGACUGAAUACUCCUAAAGUCCAUUUCAUCAGUCAUUAUCCUGAAUUGACUGAAUUCUAUGGCACGCUAUCGCGUUUUAGCACUGAUAAGUAUGAACGUGUUCAUUCUUAUCUGAAAAACUUGCUAAGCCUCUCCAAGAAUUUUUUGAAUGUGCCUUAUUCGCUUUCUAAGCGAAAUCAGAUGGCACAACCGUUUUUGCACGUAGUUGAUAAAAUUUAUGAUGAGGGAAUUUUGUCCUCAUCGGACUUCCCACUUCGGAUGUCCACAAGGUAAAAUUAAGCUAAAAAACCGAUGUUUUUUU